UUCAUUCCACCCAGAACAAUCGACGAAGUGAGACAGAGGGCGAUUUGGCGGGGAUCGUUUGCUUGCUCGCUGAUUCUGCUGCCGCUUUUUUCACUCCGAUCUUCUUAUUCUCUCGCUGGAUGGCUUCGUCUGCUUCUGGUAAGCAAAGAGAGGAGGUAGAGGAAAUUGAAGACUCUUUUAAAGGUGUUCACACGUUGGAAGUUCAAGUUUCCAAAUCUGUUGACAGCCAGACAUCCGACAUCUUUCAGAUUUCUAAUAAGUUCUUCCACUUGGUGGUGAAUAAUAAUAGAGUUGGGGUGUCUUCGUCAUCACACCUUUCCAUUUUUUUGGAGAAGGUGGAUGAGGACAAUCCAAAUGUCUCAGUUUUUGUAUCUUUUAGUGUUUCAAUUGGGAAAAGAAAGGUGCCUGUGAAGAAGAGUGUUAUGAAGAAGAAAAGUAGGAAAGGGGGUUCUAAUAAGUUCACACACGGUGAUUCUAGCAAUGUUUGUAAGCGUUUGCAGGGUCGUUUUUCAAAUUUCUCGAAGGCAUUCGGUUGGGGCGAUUUUAUAGAUAAAUCCAGAGUUUACGAUCCAUCUUCGGGAAUAUUAGUGGAUAAUAAACUCGUGUUAACCGUCAAUGUAACUAUGUUAAAUGAAGAUUUGUUGAGAGGUGAGAAUGCGAUAAGGGAUAUUGGUUUUCCGAUUGAGGAGAUUAAGAAAGGGGUGGACUGGAUGGGGGGUUGUGAGGUUUUACUGUGGACAAUGGAAAAUUUCUCAGAUUUCGUAGAUGUUUUAAAGAAAUACGAGAUGACCAGCCCGUGUUUCUUCUUGGAUGGGAGAAAAUUUUGGAUAGCCAUAUGUAUUCGACAUGGAGACGUCGGGUUAGAGCUUAAGUUUGAUGAUCCUGAUGGGCAUAUCAUGGCCGAACGGCUCAUACUCGAGUUUGGUUUGGGUGUGGUGCAUAUUGGGAAUGAUGAUCUUAGCAUCGCGGGGAAGAAAAAGCUUUGGAAUGCAAUGGAAGGGCCCCUUUGGGUGAUGAAGGCAUCAAUGCUGGAGGUAGAUGAGGGAUACGUUAUUGACGGGGCGGCUAUGAUUUUAUGUUGUAUUCGAGUUAAACAUUCUGCUGAGGUUUUGGAAUCUCAGGAUGGCUGUGAAUUACCACCACCUGACUUGGUCACUUUGGUUCCCGAGGAAUCAAAGGAAAACCCUGCAGAUUCUGUUGCUGAGGAUGCCGAUGCCGACGACGAUAAUGAUGUUGAUGACACGAAUGAUGCCGAUGAGGCUGCACAUGUUUUGGAAUCUCACUAUGGCUGUGAUGUUCCAUCUCGUGAUUUGGUAGAUCUACCACAGGAACAGUCCAAUGCUGGAUCUAAAAUAGAAGAUUUGAGAAAUAAGCUUGAAGAGGCCUCCAAUAGAAUUGUAGUGUUAGGUAUUGAGAUCAAUACCUUGAAGGAUCUCAGAAGUAGGGAAAAUAAACAGUUCGGUAUUGAGAUCAAUACCUUGAAGGAUCUCAGAAGCAGGGAAAAUAAACAGUUCGGUAUUGAGAUCAAAACCUUGAAGGAUCUCAGAAGUAGGGAAAAUAAACAGUUCAAGGACGCGCGCUUUCAAACAAAUGUAAAUCAUAAGAGUGCACUCGAACAAAUGGCAGCUAAAAUGGAAGCUGUUAACGUUGAAAUGAGGAAGUCAUAUGAAAAUGCAAGAGAGCAGGACAAACGAGCCUGCCAAGAAAAUGAAAAGCUACUGGAAGAGAAUAAAAAGCUAUGGGAAGAAAAUAAAAAGCUACAUCAAGGUUAACUCUUCUUUCUUUCCUUUAUUCCCUUCCAAGUUUGCUGAUGCUUGAAAUAAAUUAGUCAGAUGGAAAUUGGAAUUGCUUAUUUGUGUGUAAAACCACACUGAUUGAUGUGAUAUUAUAUGUACCA